AACUAUAUGUGUCAUUCUGUUAGUAACAACGCCUGGAGGCCUGGUCGCGGCACCAGCCAGCUCGCGGUGCUGUCGGCUAUAUGACCCAUUUUUGCUUGCCUGCAGUGACACUCGGUGACUGUGAGGCCCAUAGACCGAGUCUGUUCGUCUUUUCGCUUUCUGAAGAUUUCGAGUUGAGGCUGGCAAAUGUUGCCAGUUUUGUGUUCUGUGUCUGCUCUGGACGUCAACCCUUCAGUUGUUGCUCGUUGAGUUUGGGGCAUCGAGAGUCGCCUUACCCGUUUGAGUAUGGCGACCAUCAGAUGCUUUUCCCCAAAGUAUAUAACACACUGUGAACGCAUUUGCAUGAAACAUUUUGCUUCGAACUUCCCUCCACCAAUCAGAACACACAAAAACUAAUGUGUCCCUCUCUAUCGCCAUGUUGUCCUGCCAAACAAGCGCAUGCCCGGUCGACCCGCGAAUGGCCCACCCCGGUCCCUCAUCUUCGACGGCUGCGAACCCUCAGGCUCGCCCAGACCCUCGCCACAGGUGAAGAAGCGAUUGCUCAUUUUCUGAGGACUGCCAUCCAGUCACUUACUGUGCGCGGAGAGAAGAGUCAAAGCAAGUUAUGCUUCCAUGAAAAGCUGAAAAGUCUCACGCCUUUUUGUUCCUUCUUUUGGCUAUCAAGGGGAAGGCCGGUUGCGUCUGUUUUAGUCUGACACAGUUUCUAUGUAGUACCCCUGUCCGCAGUCGCCAUGGAAGGACGAAUCCUUCAAGUCACAUGCUUGACGCUAAUGAUGGGCACCGUCCUGUCGUGCAUGGGGGUGGAAUCGAUUAAACCAACAACCGAGUUUAAUUUCACCACCACCAUCCCGAAAGCUGGUCUCGAAAAGAAUGUGGAGCUAGUCUUCCUCCUAGGACCAUCGAACACGCUUCAGGUCAUUGAUGAAACUUCAAGUGCUGUCUAUUUGCCAAGAGAGAGCGCCAGCACAGAAGAGCCUCCGUCGGAACCGUAUGGUGCCGCGUAUCGGUAUGAGAACGGAGCAUGCGAUUUCGCCAAGACGAUCGAGUUCAAAGAUGAGUUUCCUGGGUACAAGACGCCAUUAUGGGUUCAGGAGCAGAUAGCAUCGGAAGAGAGUGAAAGAGAAUCCGCGGGAAAGGUUGUAAAGUACGUGUUUACCAAUCCUCCUGCUGAGUACUUGGGUGGAAGAUUGAGUUUUUGUGUGCGAUUCAAGACGAUGCUGGCUCCUGGGUCGAAUACAGAAACCAGCACAUCGCCUCCCACGCCGUCUGUGCCGUCGGGCGGGGCCAAGCCAGACGGAACUACAAAUCCAGAAAACGAAGAUGGCGGCUCAAACCCUGUGAAACCCGGCCUUCCGUCGCCAGAAACAGGACUCCAGCCUGAUUUGGAGAGCAGUCCUGUGACCCCACCUCCGAAACCAGCAGACCCGCCCGCUUCAUCAGGACAUGGUUCACAUACUGAUGAUCAAAUGGCAGGAGCGGAAGACGGGAAGGGAGACAGCCUUGGAGACGAAGGAGAGGAGGAAAACUCUGCUUUAGGUUCGACAAGUUCCGCAAGCUCCAUCAGUCACGCGAACAGCCAGCCACCAUCAUCUCGUCCAACCGUUGAUCAGACAGGCGAGAAUAACGAAGAUGGCCUUGCUCGCUCGGCUGUUCAUCACAAACCGAUCCAAGAAGAGACCCCAGCUACGAUUCAAGGCGACGCAGCUGCCGCUGGAUUCGAAACGACAGAUCAGCAUCUCGAACAUGGUGUUAGCAGGGAGGGUGGCGCUCGGAUGCGGCGCCUCACUGAAAAGCCUGCAGCGACUGAAGCAUUCUUGACCAUUGUAGUACACUCCGCGGCAUGGCGCGUUACGGGUGGAAUGGGACUUCUGCCAGUUUCUCUUCUCACCGUGGCAACUGCACUGUUCCUGGUUUGGUAAUUGUUUGUAGGUUGUUAUUAGAAGGAAAUAUUCAAAUAAGUAGGAGAUAAUGCAGGAUGGGCAUGUGUCUUCGACAUUGUGUCGGGUGCUACUGUACGGACGCGGGCGAAUCCAGCUUCGCGUAUCUGCGGCGUAGUUGCGCAGCUGAAAGUGGGCCCUGGCUCAAAACAGGUUUGUGUUCCGUUGUCGUCGCAUUGUGUUUUUUUAUACGUAUGUGUCCAGCAUUUGCAGGGAACCCAUGUUUAAGGAGUGCUGCAGUUGUCAGAGUGCUAAAAUUGUAUCUUCCGAGACUUUUCACGCGUCCGGCUGCUCUGGUUAAGAGGGUGGGUGGUGUGGCGUAGCACAGCAGGUAACAUUCGUAAGACGUUACCAUAGGAUUGGUGCGAGGCAGUUACUGCAACCAGAGUGCAAUCCAUUAUUCAACUCCUUGUCCUUUGUCUGCGGCGCUACGCCACUUCACGUGGUCUUCGGGCAUCGACACGAUACAGUCGGUAGUGACACGGACACUUUCCGGACGGACUACAAGGAGUUUGCUCCCGGGUACUAUUCCGGAUUGACAGCAUACCCAGACUUGAUUCUGUGUUCUGGUGCACAGCCUUCUCACCCUUUUCGCGCACAGCUCCGCUUCUCGAAUGCACUCGACACACCGCCGGAACUGUGUGCGACCCCGCCUAAAAGUGCGAUGGACAACUGCAACCCACAAAAACAGCUGAGACUACACAUGGAAGACCGCGUCGGCCAGAAAUGCACCAAUCCCGUACAGGAACAGAUGUGCAUAUCAAUAGUAAGUUGAGGUGACCUGGUAGAUACUUCAUUUUCUUCAUCAAUUCCUGCGGAUCUUUCGAGAGGACAUGCAAGGCCACUGGGGCAUCUGCCGGCAAAAAGUGAAAUACGGGCAAUAACGCACAGCAUAUGCCAAUGUUGCAUCAUCUGCAUUUGCUCGGGCUGUUCGCAUCGGCCCUUGCCAAUCUGGUUGCCCCGGCGCCACCUCAUGCAUUGCCUCCUGU